AGCUUAAUUCGUUAUCCGCUGGAUACUGAAUUUGAUAAUAAACUCUGUCGGAUAUCCAUUAAAUUUGACGGUGAAAUCCGUCGGUAUCCUAAAUUGGAUAGUGAAAUUCGUCGGACAUUCGUUAAAUUUGAUAGCGAAAUCCUUCGGAUAUCUGUUAAAUUUGAUAGUGAAAUCCUUCGGAUAUCCGAGUGA